UCAGAUACAACUUUGUCUGUCAUCUACUGCUACCAUCACCAUUCUCAGGCAACACGCCCAGAUUACAAAGUAUGAUGCAUCCAACUCCUAGACAUUUAGCGCAAUAUACAUCAACACCGCUGAACUACCGCGGAGCUAUUCGUUCUAGACAAUCGGUCAAACGGCGUGGGAUUUGGGAUUCAACUCUGAUAUGCAACAAAUCAUCGUCGGCUAAUGCCACGAUUGACUCAAGAGCAAAUAGGCCAUGCCUGCGACAGCUGUUGGUAUCCGAUUCAGAUGUUUACAUAUUCGAUUCCACCAGCGACAAGUACCCGGUUCGUCCACCGAGGUCAAGAAGCUUCAAACAGCUAAUGGCGAACAAACUGUGCUCCCCGUGCCUCAGUUGGAAACACAUGUCCGCCCGUCUCGGCAAAAGCUGUCUGAUGCGCUUCCUAUCGUUUUUUGGCCAAACGCUAAUCUUUCUGGUGAGCAUUCCUCUGUGGCUAGUGGUCGCGUAUAUCGUGAUCGUGGAGUACAUUUUCACCGCACUAGGAUCGGGAAAUAGAAUUCCAAGAACUGAGUCAAUUUGUUAACCCAAAGCCGAUAGCGCCAGCCGGCGGUUUCGAGAUGGAAAUCGAAAAGAUGCUCGACGAUGAUUCAGAAAAAUAUCUCUAUGUAGUGUACACGUAAAGUAGCAGCAGGUUUUCCUUUUCGUUGGCGGCGCCGGCCGGCGCUGAUUGACGAGAUUAACAUGCGAGUGGAGUAGCUUCAAGAUGCCAAGUAAUUGAAAGGAAAUAUUAAAUUUAACGCAGGUGGCGGAAAUGUUUAGAGCGAGGGUGGGUUCUGUCCAACGGAAGAUGAAUCAACUAAACGGGAGAAGGGGUUGGGUCCCCCAGUAACUUGUUCUCAGCUGUUAGUUGUUCUUCUCUUACAGUUGUAAGAGAAGACGUGUGGUUUGAGUUGCGUCAUCAUCAUGUUUGUAUAUCUUUGUUUGUUUGAAUAAA